UAUCAAAGUAUUUUUCAGUAGGACUGUCACUGCACUUGAACAAGGAAUCAUUACUGCAAGAACUUUACUGAAACAAAGAAGAAAUAUUGAACAAAUGGGGAAUUAUAAAUCUAGACCAACCCAAACUUGCACUGAUGAAUGGAAGAAGAAAGUUAGUGAAUCAUACGCUAUAAUCUUAGAAAGAUUAGAAGAUGACCUGCAGAUCAAAGAAAAGGAGUUCACAGAACUGAAACACGUCUUUAGCUCUGAUGAAGCCUUCAGCAAAGUCAAUUUAAAUUACCGCACAGAAAAUGGGCUCUCUCUUCUUCAUUUAUGUUGUAUUUGCGGUGGUAACAAAUCCCAUAUUAGAACUCUUAUGCUAAAAGGGUUGCGUCCAUCCAGGUUAACAAGAAAUGGAUUUACAGCUCUGCAUUUGGCAGCUUACAAGGACAGUGCAGAACUUGUGACAGCCCUGUUGCAUGGUGGAGCUGACAUUCAGCAAGUUGGAUACGGAGCUCUUACGGCGCUUCAUAUUGCUACAAUAGCUGGUCAUCAUGAGGCUGUGGAUAUACUUUUGCAGCAUGGAGCUUAUGUCAAUGUUCAAGAUGCAGUGUUUUUCACCCCAUUACACAUUGCAGCAUACUAUGGCCAUGAACAGGUUACCCACCUCUUGCUGAAGUUUGGUGCUGAUGUGAAUGUGAGCGGGGAAGUUGGAGACAGGCCCCUCCACUUAGCUUCUGCCAAAGGGUUUCUUAAUAUUGCAAAACUCUUGAUGGAAGAGGGCAGCAAGGCAGAUGUGAAUGCUCAGGACAAUGAAGACCAUGUUCCUCUACACUUCUGUUCUCGAUUUGGACAUCAUGAAAUAGUGAAGUUCCUACUCCAAAGCAAUUUUGAAGUUCAGCCCCAUGUGGCCAAUAUUUAUGGAGACACACCUUUACACCUUGCUUGUUACAAUGGAAAGUUUGAAGUUGUCAAGGAAAUAAUCCAGCUGUCAGGAACAGAAAGUCUGACUAAGGAAAAUAUAUUCAGUGAAACAGCUUUUCACAGUGCCUGUACCUAUGGCAAGAACAUAGAACUUGUAAAAUUUCUUCUUGACCAGAAUGUUUUAAGCAUCAAUCAUCAAGGAAGAGAUGGGCAUACAGGAUUACACUGUGCUUGCUACCAUGGUCACAUCCGUCUAGUACAGUUUUUACUGGAUAAUGGAGCUGAUAUGAAUCUGGUAGCCUGUGAUCCCAGCAGGUCUAGUGGAGAAAAAGAUGAGCAAACCUGUUUGAUGUGGGCUUAUGAGAAAGGACACGAUGCCAUUGUUACCCUACUGAAGCAUUAUAAAAGACCCCAGGAUGACUCACCCUGUAAUGAAUACUCCCAACCUGGAGGAGAUGGUUCUUACGUCUCUGUUCCAUCCCCUCUAGGGAAGAUUAAAAGCAUGACGAAAGAAAAGGCAGAUGUUCUCCUCCUCCGUGCUGGUUUGCCAUCACAUUUCCAUCUUCAGCUCUCUGAAAUAGAGUUCCAUGAGAUUAUUGGCUCAGGGUCUUUUGGAAAAGUGUAUAAGGGAAAAUGCAGAAAUAAAAUAGUAGCAAUCAAACGCUACAGAGCCAAUACCUACUGUUCCAAAUCAGAUGUGGACAUGUUUUGCCGUGAAGUUUCUAUCCUCUGUCGACUCAAUCAUCCUUGCGUCAUCCAGUUUGUUGGCGCUUGCUUAGAUGAUCCAAGUCAGUUUGCUAUAGUCACUCAAUAUAUUUCUGGAGGAUCACUUUUUUCUCUGCUGCAUGAACAGAAGAGGAAUCUUGACUUGCAGUCUAAAUUAAUCAUUGCUGUAGAUGUUGCCAAAGGUAUGGAGUAUCUUCAUAAUCUUACACAACCAAUCAUACAUCGGGACUUGAACAGCCACAAUAUUCUUCUCUAUGAAGAUGGCCAUGCUGUUGUUGCUGAUUUUGGAGAAUCUAGAUUUCUGCAGUCCCUGGAUGAAGACAACAUGACAAAACAACCUGGGAACCUACGCUGGAUGGCCCCUGAGGUAUUCACUCAGUGCACUCGAUACACUAUAAAAGCUGAUGUUUUCAGCUAUGCUUUGUGUCUCUGGGAACUGUUAACAGGUGAAAUUCCAUUUGCUCACCUCAAACCAGCUGCAGCAGCGGCAGAUAUGGCCUAUCAUCACAUCCGGCCUCCAAUAGGGUAUUCAAUUCCCAAGCCCAUAUCAUCACUGUUAAUGAGGGGCUGGAAUGCAUGUCCUGAGGGAAGACCAGAAUUUUCUGAAGUAGUCUCAAAAUUAGAAGAAUGCCUAUGCAAUAUUGAGUUGAUGUCUCCAGCCUCCAGCAAUAGCAGUGGCUCUUUGUCUCCUUCCUCAUCUUCUGACUGUCUCAUUGCACGAGGAGGUCCUGGCCGUAGCCAUGUCGCAGCUUUACGUAGCCGGUUUGAGUUGGAAUACGCCUUGAAUGCAAGAGCUUAUGCUGUUUGGUCACAAAGCACUGGUCAACAUCCUUCUCAAGGCCUGUCCUUGGACGACAUGAGGAGGAAUUUCCAGUACCCGCCUAUUGACAGAAACGGUUACGUGUCUGAUCCCAUGAGUUCUAUGCGAUUUCAUUCCUGCAGUAAUAGUGGCAGCUUUGAAGACAGCAGCUGACAGCAUGAACCAUCUACCUGGAGAGAGAUUCCCCAUCAACUGACAGCAGCAAUUCUUACUGUGUCAGCAUAGCUCCCAGGCAUUAUACAUUAUACCAAAGAUGCCUAAAUUGGCUUGUUUAUUUACUGAUGGUGAACAUUUCUAUCAUAAAUUAUGCUGUAACCUAUUUUUCCUCCCAGCAUGCUUAGGGUUUUCUGGUGGUGCACAUUUGUCUUUCCUUAAUAAAAGCAAAUGUCCACAAGGAAUACUGCACCUUAAACUUGAACAUUAAUAAUUUGAGAAAAGAGAUUAAAGCAAAAAUAAAUCUGUUAGUUACAGAGUUCUAGGGCAAGUUGUUUUACUUUGGACUGCAGUAAGGCUUGUGCAGAUAUCACAAACUUCCCGACUGAUACAAACAAA